AUGGAGGCCACCGCCAAGGGUACCACGCAGGAGGAGCUAGACUACAUAAAGCAGAAUGCCGGGUAUGCCUUGGCCAAGUCGUUGCUCUGGACCAUAAAGACGGACACGAAAGGUAACGCGCAAAGGGGGGAGCAGCUACAGCACUGCCAUAUACGUGAUGAGAUAAAUAAAACGUUAUGCCAAAGGAAGUUAGCCGAUGUGUAUUCCUUCUCAAAGAGAAGUGGCGACAAGGACUGGUCAGAAGACUCUGUCCAGUUGCUGCAGCUGAUAAGACAAGUUUUCGACGUACAAAAUGUGUAUCUUGGUAGGAUAUACCUAACAGGACAGAAAAGGAAGAGAAAAAGAAAAAGGAUUAUGCGAUUCAUCCAGGCCACUGAAAAUUGUGACUUAGAAAAUGAAACCAUUCAUGAUAAACGACUGAACAGGAUCUUUACUCAAUCGAGGGGACACAUUAAGGUGGAUUAUUCUAUUUGUUCGAAGCUUUUUCCAUUUGAGACAGAUUUUCUCUUCCCGAAUUUUGUGCGGCCCGACUUCUCCUAUGACGACCCUGGCGACGACCUGUUCACGUGGGUCAACCCAUUUCACCAGGGGGGGAACUGCGUGCGCAGGGUGAAGGGCGGCAUGGGGGCCUCAGAGGGGCAAGAAGAGGAGGAAGAAGCGGAUGAGGAGGAGAUGGAAGAGAAAGAGGCGGAUGAGGAGGAGAUGGAAGAGAAAGAGGCGGAUGAGGAGGAGACGGAAGAGAAAGAGACGGAUGAGGAGGAGACGGAAGAAGAGGCCGCUGCUGAGGAGGCAGAAGCGGAAGAGGCGCAGGAACACCCCAUCAGCGACGAACAUAAGGGGAGUGACCACCACUCCACCGCUGAUCCAAGUGAAGAAAAAAAAACAGAAGCGAGUAACGAAGAGGAAGAACUUCAAAUGGAGCUACUCAACACCCUACACAUGAACCUCUCCUACGACUGCUUUUACAUUUAUGAAGUAAUGAGAGAAGACAAUUCCUUCCUCUAUGCCAAGAGCAAACCAGGAGACUUUCUUUUGAUUCCCCUUGUUUAUUACUCCUACUACGAUUGGAACUUCGUGCAUGCGCUGUACUGCCUCCGUGAGAGGGCCUUCCUGCAGUCGACUGCACCCUGUGUGCAGCUCGCGCCACGUGAUGGUAUCAAAGCGAAGGCUGACCAAGUUUUUGGGAGCCCCGAAGAGGUAGGAGAGGUAGAGAAAGAACAGAAAGAAGAAGAAGAAAAAGACGAAAAAGACGAGAAAGAAGAAAAAGAUGAGAAAGACGAAGAAACAUCGCAGGAACGAUCAAGCGGAAAGGACGCGAAGCCUAAGCUGGACUGGAAAAAAAGCGAGCCCGUGGAAAUGUGCCUCUGCCUAGACAACAGGGGCAGCGUGAACAAGAUGAGCACACAACAGAUAAACGAACUGAUAAAUUUUUCCUACUUCUUAAUCACGCGGAUUGUGCGGGGGGAGCGCAAAUGUGUGGAGGAGCAGGUCAACUACAUGAUUAGCUGCGAGCACGGAGAAGAGAAGCAGGCCACUGACACGCUGAGGAGCCAAAUGAAAAGUGAAAACGACGAACAUAUCAUAAGUGAAUUUAAAAACACCUUAACAGAACAUCCUCUCCUGAACAAGUCGGAAGAUUUAACCAAAUGCAUGUGCCUGUUGCAAUGGACAAAAAAGGAAAUUAAAAGACAUCAGCAGAGGAUUCUCCAGAUGAGAAAAGUAAAGGUGGAGUGGAAUCAAAACUUGAGGGCGAUUUUACUCAGCUGCUACAUUUUGCUGGGUUAUGAUUACUCCCUGUUUGGUGCACCGGAUGAUGUGAAGGAGGACACCCAGUGGGGACAACUCACCCUGUGUGUGAAUGCCUUCCUCAUCGAUAAGCUGAUGUCGUUUGACCCGCUGCUCUCCUUCGAAGAAAAACGAAUCGAGGAGCUGCUCCAAAUGGACGCGCUGCUGGAUCAAGUUUCCUCAUCAAGAAAGAAAAAGAUACCCUCUCGAAUGCAAAGCAUAACUACAUUUGGACUAACACUCUUAGGUCACUUCAACCAGGUACUCACGAGGGAAAUUUUAAAGACAAUUCUCAAAGUGAAGGAAGAAAAACCUGCCACCGUUUCAUGA